ACUAGACUUGAUAGUGUGAAUCGAAAAGUUUAGGGAUUACGGAGAAUAAUAUUUUAAGAAGAAGAAUAAUGUCAAAGUCAGAGUAGACGGUGUAUGAAUUAUAAACAACAUAUUUUGAAUGUUGCUUAGUACAAGAGUGUUUGUUGUAAAUCUGAAUCAAAAAUUACUUGUCCCGCUUUUGUACCGCCAUCAAAUGGCUCCCGUAACUAGAAAGCCCAAAAUGCCGGCCUCCGGCAAUGUUUUCAAUAAAACCAAUUCAACCGACAAGGUGACAAAGCGAGUUAUAUUGCCGAAAAAAUUACGGUCAGUGGAUGUAAACAAACCGAAAUGCACUGCCAAGUCGCAACACACCAGCAAAGAUGGGCUACCGAUCAUCGCAUUUCAAUCGGAAAAUGAACUAGAAAGUUGGCUUCGUACCAAUCAUACUGUCACCACAGGACUGUGGGUGAAAAUAGCCAAAAAAUGUUCGGGCAUACAAACAGUAACGUACGACGAAUUGUUGGAUGUUGUGCUGUGUUACGGUUGGAUUGAUGGACAACGGUGCAGUUUGGAUGAGACAUGGUUUCUACAGCGAAUAACGCCGCGCCGACCGAAAAGUAAUUGGUCGCAAAUCAAUAGGGAGCGAGUGAAGCGUUUGAUUCGAGUAGGCAGAAUGCAAUCAGCCGGUCAAUGUUUGAUCGACGAUGCUAAAGCUGACGGACGUUGGGAUAAGGCUUACAAGCCUUCGAGUGGUUGUGUUGUGCCGGAUGAAUUGACAGCUGCUGUAGAAGACGCGUCACCGAGCGCCAUCGACUCGUUCAGGACAUUGAGCAAGCCGGACAAAUUAAUUUUAAUAAAUCGAAUCGAACGGACCACCACGGUGGAAGAGAGAAGUGAAUGCAUCAGGUCAAUUGUAGAAAUGUUGGUGCGUGGUGAAGCAGUUACUGAAUCUGCGUAACUUAACGGAUCAAACGAAUUGGCUUAGCCAGUUGUCUACCUAACUUUGUAAAUAAAGAAAUUUUGGA